AUGUUAGACAAAAGAUAUUUAUUCUAUCUGCUAUUAGUCAUAUUCAACUAUACUUCAAAAAAUUUUUCUCACCAAAAUGUUACUAAAAGUUAUCAAAGGUGUCAAAGUUUGAAUAAAUUAUUGAACUCCAUAUCACAUAAAAGUAAAAUUAGCACCAGGCAAGAAAUUCUAAUAAAAGAUCUCACUCCAACUUCUGAACUUAAAAUAUGCUCGACGUUCUCCACACCAAAUGCUACGUGUUGUUCCAAAGAUAUCGAAGAAGUUUUGAUGAAUCAAGCAAUAAAGAGGUUCCGAGCGUCUCUUUUCAACCAAUUCCAUCCCCUGCUUCAAACCUUAACCUUUUAUAGACAGAAAAUUACAGAAAUACUAACAAUUCAAAUCAUCAACUUUAAACUCAGAAUCACAAAAACUUUGAAACCCGAUUUCGACGACUCAUUGAUAGCCUCGGUACUGAAUUUACUAGAUAACUUAACGAAUGUUUUGCUCAAUUCUCAAAAUGAUAUGAUCUCGCAACAAUCUGAGAUCUCGAUAUUGAUAUUUCCCGACAUUUAUAGAUAUGUCAUGUCUCAGCGUAGCCUACCUUCCACCAACCCCUACUCCCAGCAGUAUAAGGACUGUUUGAUCCGUUCUCUAACUGAUAACCCCGAUAUAUUAAAUGGUAAUAAAAGUGCCUUCGGCAGUCACAGUACUAGACCUUUAUCAAAUUUUGAUAAAAGUAAAACGGAAGGCAGUAUAAAUCUGCUACUUAAGGAUCCAUUCACUUGGGUCAAUCACGCUAACUCCAUUAAUAUUCUAGUUAGAUCUCUGAGUUUGGGUAUAAUUUUCUUGCAGUCUUUCUUAAAUCCUACUUCCAAAGACUCUAUUCAAGGCAACGUUGAAAGUAACAAUAGCAUAGGUGGCUUUAAUGAUUUAUCUCACAAUUGCGCAUGGGCUUUGACCAAAAUGUACUAUUGCCAAUCUUGCGCUUUAGAUAUAGACGAAGAGAAUGCCGAUGGUUAUAAUGAAAAAGAAAAUAAAAGCAGUUCCAAUCCUUAUUUACAAUUCGAUAAUUACUUGAGUAACAACGAUAUAUCUACGACACCUAUAUGUAGGGGUCUAUGCGGGAACGUGGCCCGUGGAUGUCUGCCUUACUUAGAGAAGAUGGGCGUAGUUUGGAACGAUUAUUUGCGUCAACUUAAAACGGUUUUAAAUAAAAACAAAAUAAAAUUAUUAUCCACUUUGAAAAAACGCUCACCGAUUGAAUCAUUCGAAGACAAGAUUAGACGCAUUAUUACGAAAGCUUUGCAAGUCAAGCCUAGUCUAAGUUUCAAUAUUACAAAGUUAUGUGGACAACCCACUUUCGAAUCCAAAAUUUUCCCCUCAAUCAAUCUUAAUUUCAAUAUGACAACAAAAUUGAAUUUUAGCGAGCGUAAUCUAGAAGCAAAUUAUGAUUCUUUAGUGAGGGAGCUGAUAGAUGACCUAGACGAUAAUAAUAAAUGGAAAGCUUCAGUGAGCAUUGGUAAAAGUGACGUAAUAUUUUCCAAUAUACCUGAUAUGAUAUGUAGUCAAGACACAUCUGUCAGCGCGUCUAACAAAAAUUGUUGGGAUGGUGAUUUGGUUGGAAGGUAUUCAAAAAAUAUCGUCAAAUUUGGUUCUAAAGCGUUAAAAAAUAAUCCAGAAAUAAUGGAAUCAAAUGAUGAGAUCGACAGACAACAAUCGUUUCCUAAUCUUAAUUUACGCAAAUUUCGUACUGAAAUCGAGAACAUUCAGAAAUUGACUUUAUCAUCUCGUUCCCUCUUAUUAGCCAAAACCGAUAAAAUUUCUCAAAUGAGUCUCUACAACUUUAACACUACAUUUAACUAUAUAAUCUCAACAUUAUCUUCCUAUAAUAACAAACCUAAAAAAGUAUUGAUUAAUAUAGAUCACCAUCACCCCAUAAGUCAAUUGGUAGACAAUGGGCAAAAUUUAUACAAUUCAUAUGGUGAAGGAAUGAAUGUAGAUUUGGAAGGGGUGGAAGGAUCUGGCAAGAGAGAAAAGGAUGACAAUACAAUAAUGGGUCAACAAUUAUUGGAAUCCAAAAUAAAAAUAAACACAAAACCCGCUAAAAAAACUACUAAAGUAGUAGACGACGAAGAUAACAAUGUAAUUGGGAGCGGAUAUAAGUACAAAGAGGAUGGCAGUGGGGAUAUUGGAAUGAUUAGUCACUUAACCUUUUCCAACGAUAGUUUUAGGAAAACCUUGAUGGAACAAACCAGAAGGAAUGAAGAAAAGAGAAUCGAUAAGGAAGGCCCUGAAGGUUCAAGAAGUUAUUCUGAUCACGAUUAUAAAGAAAAGAAGCAAAUUCGGAAGCCCAGUCAAUCUUCAGCUAUAACAUCGUUUAAAAAUAAUUACUCGCUAAUCAUAUAUUUUGUGAUUAUUUUCGUAACAUAUCGUCAAACAGCCUUUCUAAGUCAAAUUUUUCUAUAAAUCUCACUCCCUUAUAUAGAACAAAAUAUAGCCCCAAAGGACAGUAUAUCAAAAAAGCGUGUUGAAAACACAUAAUUUACCGAAAUUUCUGUGAUUUAAUAUUUAUAUUAAAGACAUAUUGAUUUACGAGCUUUUAUUUAAGAC